AUGCAUGGUGUUAUUUUGGAAACAAAUGUUAAUAGAGAUGAUGAUGGUGGUUUGUAUGCAGAACUUAUCUAUAAUCGUGCUUUUCAAGAAAAUGGUCGAUCACUUGAUGGAUGGUCAACCUUCGGUCAAGGAUCUAUUAAUCUUAAUAUUAGUCAACCUUUAACGAGUGCUUUACCUGCUCAAUUGAGAUAUUCACUCAUUACAAAUUCAACAUCAGUCUCUGGUAUUAGAAACAGUGGCUAUUAUGGCAUAAAUCUUCAAGCGCAAAAUUAUACAGCAAGCUUUUUUUAUCGAUCCUUACCAGGAGUAUAUGUACCAGGUGGUAAACUAAAUGUUGGAUUUAGCGACUCAACUGGUCAAAUUAUUUAUGGUAUAUCUACUCUAGAUAUAUCCAAAGCUCCUAUCAAUAUUUGGUUCUAUUAUUCCUUCGACAUUAUUGUCUUUAGUGCUGCUCCAUCGACCAAAAAUUUUUUCUUUAUUGAAUUCCCUCUGGGUUCUAAAGGUGAAUUUGAAUUUAAUCUUAUCUCGUGUUUUCCACCGACAUAUAAAAAUCGACCUAAUGGUGCUCGUUUUGAUCUUGCACAAACUUUUGCUGAUUUAAAACCUGGCUUUAUUCGACUUCCUGGUGGUAAUGAUCUCGAAGGUCCAAGUAUUCCAGAACGUUUUAUUUGGAAUAAUACAGUUGGUCAUCUUGAAAAUCGACCCGGAAGACGAGGUACAUGGGCAGGCUAUAAUACUGAAGGAUUUGGAUUGAUUGAAUUAAUAACAUUUGCUGAAGAUAUUGGUGCAGUACCUAUCUUAGCAGUUUAUGCAGGAUAUUCACUCGAUGGAAAAGCCGUUCCACAAGAUCAGCUUCAACCUUAUAUUGAUGAAGUUGUGAAAGAAUUAGAUUUUUUAACUGCAUCUGCUAAUGAUAAUAGAAUGGGUGCUCUACGCAAGCAAUUGGGUCGAAGUGAACCAUUCGACAUCAGAUAUGUAGAAAUUGGUAAUGAAGAUUGGCUUGGUCCUGCUAUAAAUACAUAUGAUUAUCGUUGGACAACCUUUUAUAAUGUUCUUUCCAAACGAUAUCCUAAUAUUACUUUUAUUGCAACGACAGCUAAGACUAUCAAUUCUCCACCAGCUGUUGAUGAUCAUUUCUAUCAAGUACCAUUAUUUUUUAUAGAAAACUUUCGUCGAUAUGAAAAUGUUCCUCGAUCAGGUCCAAGAGUACUCAUAGGAGAAUUUGCAGUUAUUAAUGAUGAUGAUUCACAAAUUACGAAUCCAUUUGGACCAGGUCGACUUGUAUAUCCAUCUAUUAAAUCUGCUGUUGCAGAAUCAGUCUUUCGAAUUGGUUUUGAACGUAAUUCAGAUAUCAUUAUCGGUGGUUGUUAUGCUCCUAUUCUCCAAAAUAUUGAUAAUACACAAUGGACACCAAGCUUCAUUGUCUUCAAUACUACUUCAGUUGUUAAAUCAACUUCAUAUCUUGCUCAAAAAAUGUUUGGUGAAAAUCUUGGUAAUCUUAUUCUUUAUUCAGCUGCGACUAAUAAUACCAUUACUCAUCAAUCUGUAGAAAAAGGACAAGAAGGAGAUGGUAAACUUGGUAAUCUCUAUUUUAUUGCAACAAAACGUACUAAUGACAAUACAUUAAUCGUUAAACUUGUAAACGUGGAUCCGACUGAUAUUCUUAUUAACGCUCAAAUACAAGGUUCCACAACGUCAUCUACAGGUGUUGCUUAUAUUCUAACAGCUGGUUCUGGUGUUGAUCCUUCAACAGUACAAAAUACAAUGCUUAAUCCAAAUGCAGCAUCCAUUACUGAACAGUCUGUAUCAGCAAGAAAUGGUACCUGGUCAAUUACAGUUCCUUCAUGGAGUGUUGUCGUUGUUACACUUACUCUUUAA